ACGUCUUGGUCUCUGCUUCCAAGCUAGAGAUCCGCCAAGUUUUCGUUUAUAAAUAUAUAUGUAUGUGUGGUUUAAUUUGCAGUGCAAGCCAGCCAUUGAAGUCGGAACUCGAUCAGAACCAUAUAAUAUGGAGGAGAUCAGUACUCCAUUAGGAGUGAGAAAAGGUGCUUGGACUGAAGAAGAAUAUCAUCUGCUAAGAAAGUGCGUAGAGAAGAAUGGAGAAGGAAAAUGGCACCAAGUUCCUCAUAUGGCAGGCUUGAAUAGGUGCAGGAAAAGCUGUAGAUUGAGAUGGCUGAACUAUUUGAGGCCAAACAUAAAGAGAGGAGAGUUUACAGCAGAUGAAGUUGAUCUCAUUGUUAGACUUCAUAAGCUGUUAGGGAAUAGAUGGUCACAAAUUGCCGGUAGACUUCCUGAUAGAACUGCAAACGAUGUGAAGAACUAUUGGAACACUCACCUGCAGAAGAAGCUAGUUGGUGGUAAGAAAUUAGAGGCUAUGUCCAAACCCCAUAAGAUGAUCACAAAAGCCAACAUACUACGGCCUCGCACCUUCACCAAAAAACCAACUCUGUUUAUGGGAAACGUCUCCUUAAUUCAAUCAGGAGAAACUCUAAACAGGCCAUCUCCGACUACUUCAUCACCUGAUCUAGGACUUGGUCAUCAUGAAAUGUCAUGGUGGGAAAACAUUGAAAUUGACAAUAAUAAUAAUGGAAACACAUUGUCCAUGGGUGAAUUAUUGGAUCAUAAGGAGCCCAAUAUUACAGGCCUCUGGGGUACUGCUGAAGAGCUACUAGCAACAGCAACAAUGGCAGCAGGUGAUGACAACAUGACUACUUCUGUUCAAGAAAGCAAUAAUUUUUGGAAUGACUUUUCGAUUGAUGUGGACCUCUGGAAUCUUUUAGGUCAUCACCAAGGGAUCGAAACUCAUUUAAUGGUUUAAUUUUUGUAGUUUUUUUGUUUCCCAAGCACUUGGAGCUUUCAAUUCAUAUGUUACAUCAUGCCACUGAGAGAGAAUGUUAUGUUUCAUCAUGCCACUGAGAGAGAAUGUUAAGUGUGUGUGCUGAUUUUUUUUUUUUUGGGUACUUUUACCCUAAAUAAGUAAAUAUGACGGAGAUCUCUUCUUUUAUGCCCUAGUUCGGGUAAAUAUAAAUAUCUUUCUUUUUUUGGAAA